AUGGCGCCAAAAAAAGGGAAGCCUAGUGCAGCUUCAAGUGAGACAAGUGGCGCACAGCCGGAAGGAUGUCACCGGUGCAGCUCUCGGUCCGUUGAUGAAUCUAAGGUUCAUGGGUUUGAGGAAGAAUGGAUGUCACUGAAAAAGGUGCUUCUCAGGCAAGGAAGUGAGGAUCGUUUCAAGGCAAUAGGCAUCACCGGUAUAACUGGUAUAGGAAAAACCACACUUUGCCAAUUGUUGUUCAAUAAAGAGGAGGUGAAGGACUACUUCUUUCCAAGGAUCUGGGUAUGCAUGUCAGCACAUUCCGGCAACGAUCCGGACAAGAAAAUAGCGAUCCUGAAGAGAAUGUUGGAUAGCCUUGGAGUAGAAGAGGAGAUGAUCAACAACUACAAGGUCGGCCAGGAACAUAAUCUCAAGCAACUACUACUGUAUGCUCUUCACCUGCAAUUGCAGGGGAAGAGAUAUCUGAUUGUGUUCGAUGAUGCCAGGGGCGGGGAGAUAGACAAAUGGUACGGAGAGCUGAGUUGUUCGUCUACUCGUGAUGGAAAAUGGGAUGGUCUCGCGUAUGGAUUGCCAAAAGGGCGUGGGGGAGCAGUUAUUGUGAACAGUAGGGAUGAGAAAUUAGCGAAAGAGAUGGUUGGCGUGGAGGGAAUCCUACAUCGGCUUCUACCCCGUCCGGACGAAGAGAGCUGCUUGUCAAUAUUCAAAGACGCAGCUGAUGCGGCCAAGAAAAAGUAUGAGUCAGAGGCGGACGAUCUAAAGAAAGAUAUCUUCCAUAAGUCUGCAGGCAUUCCAUUAGCUGCAAAAAUGAUGGCAAAAAAUCUUAUUAACACCCAAUGA